AUGGAUACAUUUCGACCACGAGGCUAUUCGCGCCUUAUUUUCGGCAGUCCGAAGCCUCCCCACGGCUCUGUCCCCGACAUUGAACUUGAAAACUCUCGAAAUGGAUCGAACUGGAUACAAGGUGAGCACUCUCCGGGUUCGGCGUUGCUCGUUCCUACAGACAUAUCAAAACCCGAAGAAUCGCGCCAUCGGCUAAAUACACACUGGAAUCCGUUCUUCUUGAGACCUUGGAUUCUGAUCGCUUUUGCCCUCUUUUUCGUGGCCGUCAUUGUUGCUUUGCAAGUGGUGUACACGGUUUCGCAGAACAAUUAUGGAAUUGCGACGAGCAGUGAUGAAAAUCAUUAUUUGUGGACUUACGGUCCAACCGCUGUAUUUGUGGUUGUUACGGUCCUCUGGCGUCAAGUCGAUUACGCCGCAAAAUCUAUUCAACCCUGGGCAGAAAUGGCAAAAGGCCCUCAGCGAGCAGAGAACAGUCUUCUCCUUGAUUAUGUCACGCCGCUCCAGCUCUCGUCGCUCUGGAGAUCUCUACGACGCGGUCACUUCGCCGUCUCCUCUAGCAUUAUUGUCUUCGUGCUGAUCAAAGUUAUCACUGUCUUAAGCACUGGGAUGUUCAGUCUCCAGUCAGUCCAGAGAAACGAUGUCCCAACCUCAAUGGCUCUCAACAAUACCUUUGUUGGUACAGACUUUGAUCACGCAGCAUCCGUCGACUCGAGGGCUGCGUUUGUAGCCUACGGCCACAAGGCCUACAAUAUCAGCCUGCCUGUCGGUACAACAGACCAACAUGCUGUUCAGAGUUUUGCUCCCAGAGACGGAUUUGUCAACGGCAGUCUAACAUAUUCUGCUGAUGUUGACGCUUUCAGCGCCAAUCUCAGCUGCGAAUCUGGAAUACUCAAAUACACCGUUGCUGCGGACAGACGUAGUAAUGCACCGAUAUCAAUGUACUACAACACAUCGGUGACACUUCCAGACUGCCAGAUAUUCAAUGCAUACCUUGAUGCCCCAGAUUGGUAUUAUUUGCAAAACGACACUGCCCAUCGAUUUGGCUACCGAGCAUCAAUUCAGAAUGUAACAUGCUCCAAUCUUCCACCGGACGAUCCUACAAGGUUCCGGUUCAUGAUCGCGGCGACAUAUUCGGAAGGCUUCAGCCAGAACAAUCAUACUUUACUAGACUCAUCCAACAUCGUCUGCAUUCCCUCCUACUCAAUCCAGUCGGCCCUAGUCACACUUGACCCUCAGGGGAACGUCCAUUCCGUCAAUAUGACAGGAAAUGGACGUGGACUCAAUGGUCUCAGCGCUGUUGACAUUGCUGACGGAGUUCUGGCAACGACGCAGCAAGCCAGUACAAUUUCCACUUCGACGUCGGAUAACGUCACCUUGGAUGUCUUCACGACUAUGAUGCAACAAGAUACAGUCAACUUCAAGGUCGAAGAUCUCCUCGAGCCUUCUUACCUCAAUACAACUGCUAAUAGGAUAUAUGGGAAAAUCGCAGCACAAGUCGCCAAUCUUUAUCUGCUUUCUGAUGCAGCUCAAGAUACGAAGCCGAUUGUAGAGGGAACAAUUUCGAAGGACGAGAGCCGUCUGAUCGCGAGACAGAUCCCAAUCAGAGUCAUGCAAGCUGUCGCUGCACUGAUGGUCUUGCUCAUUGUUCUCAUCUUAUGUGUCCGCCCAAGGGGCGUGGUACCAAGGAGUGUCGACUCGAUUGCUGCGGUUGCCGCAAUUCUUGCGCGCAGCCCGGCACUGGAGGCUCGUCUUCGAGGUACUGGUCACCGAAGCUUGGGUGAGCUUCGCGAGAUCCUCGCUCCACACAGGUUCAUGACUGCCACGGGAUAUGAAGAUGGUGCCCGAACCUUCUCCAUUCAAAUGGUCACCGGAGCCGAAUCAGGACUACAUGGAUCACCACCAGACCGCGGCGACUCGGCUCCUCUGGACAUCAAAUGGACCCGACCUUUCAUCCUGCGCAGAAUUGGCAUGACAUCGACUAUCUUAGCUUCCAUCGCCGCCAUCAUCACAUUGGAAGUCCUUUUGUCGCAAUCACAAGCGCAUAACGGUCUCGGCAACGUCAGCGACGACAGCGCGACCAGAUACUCCUGGUUGUAUGUCCCAGUCUUGGUAUUUCUUCUGUUAGCGACUCUCUUCAACAUAAUGGACUUCGAGAUCGAAUUCACCGAGUCGUUCCACGCCCUAGCAAAAGCCGACUGCGAAGCCAGCUCUUCAAUGCUUUGGUACCCGCUGAGACACAUAUCUCUCCACGCCACUUAUAAUGGUCUCCGGCACAGCCGCUUUGCCUUGACUGCAGCAUCUGUAUCGGCUGUUCUUGCUCCUCUGCUCACCAUCAUCGUGUCGGGCCUAUUCACCACCAAGGCAACCAGUCAAGACAUUUCGGUCCAGGUUGAUGCUCUGGACUGGUUUAAUACCACCACAUUAGCGAUCACUUCCACGAAUGUCCCACUCCUCGUCAUCGAAGGUAACAUGUCAUACCCCCAGUGGACGUACUCUGAAGUUGCCAUGCCCCAACUCCGCCUCAAAGGCGACAAUGCAAACAAUCUGCUUGGCCAAAGCGGAACCAUAUCUGUGGACACACCAGCGAUCCGUGGAGCAACGACCUGCAACAUUGUUCCUCAGGACCGAAUCGUGAAUACUACGCUUAGUAGCGGUUUCCUCUCUUCCAACAUCAGCACACCGGAUGGCUGCGGGAACACAGGCUCAAUCGACUCUGCAUAUAUUUGGCUCUCCUCCUCCAUGCAAGUCCCAGUAAACACGUCCGGAUACUUUGGUUCGACGUUGGUGUUAGGAUUUCUUGAUACCUGCCCUACGCUUGCCUUAUAUUACGGCCACGUCACAGACAACCAAAUCGAUGACUUCAUCCCGGUCCUGUGCACGCAAUAUCUGGAGCGGGUCCAGGUCAAUGCGACCUUCAAUCUGCCGGACUUCUCAAUUUCCUCUGAUCCGGUGGUGCAUCCUGGCUCGGCACUCAAGUUUUCCGACUAUUAUACUGGGUUUCCUACCCUGCAGGUUUUAAAUAUCACAUCGACCGCUGACGAGCUUGACGAGACGUUUAAUGCCAUGGUUUAUGGCAAGGAUGGAACCCCGACGAGUGAGCUGUUGGAUGGGAGCAAGCUGAUUGCAUCGUACACGCACUUGUACCGCCAGUACAUGGCCCAAGUUGUCAACACCUUCCUCCGUGCAGAUUUCUCUACGCUGUCCAACAAUGAGACCGAAACUGUGGUCAAUCCUCUGCAGGCAGCAUAUGUCAAUCCUCGUCAUUUUCGUCUCGUGCAGUCACCCCUGUCCACCCACUUGUUAGUAGGUGUGGUGGGUGUAUUGUUGAUAUGUGCGCUUGUGGUGUUCAUUACGAAUGACAUGCGAAAUGUUCUGCCUAAACCUAUUGGGAGCAUCGCCGCCGUGGCAAGCUUGCUGGCAGGUUCCCGUAUCGUGGACCCGAAAUCUGGCAUGGUUCCCCCGGGUUCAGAAUACUGGUCGGAUGAGGAAUGGGAGAAGAAGGGUAUCUGGCAGAGUGAGAUGUUUAGGAUGGGUUGGUGGAAUAAGUUCCAGCAACCGGUCGACUCAUGGAGUGGGAAAGGGCUGGACAAGACAACAGUGAGGUUGCGUGACCGCCAGUUUAAUGAUUUUAGCGACGCAGAGAGUCUGGAACGUCCUCCGUCCUUCAGGAUUGAUGCCCGCCCGAAAGCUGAGGGACUCGAUCGCCUCUGA